AUGGCCGACUUUGGUGUCAAGUUCGAUGUUCGUACCUCGCAAGGCUGGUUCUUGCCGUCAAAGGGCACAGCGUCGACCACUCAGUUCGCGCUCAAUGGCGAGGUUCGUGCCGAUGGUACAGGAGGAUCAACUGCGUGCGGUGCAUCAGCAUGGGGACCUAUAGGCGCAAAAUAUCAUACAGACGGGCCUGGAAAGGGUCCGGGCUUGCUCUACGCUGCCAUCAAUCAAGAGGCUUUCGGAAGUGUCCACGGCAGCGGACCAGCAUGCGGACUGUGCUUCGAGCUGUCGCCGGUCUCUGGCAGUGGUCAGGAACUUGCUGAUCAAGCUCUGACCUUUGAGAUCAUCGAUAAUUGUCCCGUGGGAUCGGGUAGCGAUCAGAACUGCGGUCAGUGUAAGGGCACGACCAAUGCUGCCUUUUCGAAACCGACUCACUUUGACAUCGCUAGCGAUGCCAUGUCGCCUGAGCAAUACGCUCAAUUCUACAACGGUGUGACAGAUGGCUCAAACUGGCGUUCCAUCAAUUUCAAGAAUGUUCCUUGCAAUCCAGACACGAAUCCCAAGUUUGCAACGCUCAGCUGGGGAUGUAACGGCUCAUGCAAAUCCGAAAACAUCGAUUCGUGCGUGGACAUCAAUACUGGUAGAUCCGUAGAAGGCAUGCCGGCCAGUAGCGGCAUUCAUCGCCGCAUGACGCCUUUUCCAAGCAGUGCAUUUCACUAUCACGGUCGUCGACGCCAUGCAGGCCAUUGA